UCAGAGAGACAGGCCAUGCUGUACAGGAUGCAGGUGUCCUUCGCGUGCACGGAACACAACCUGAAGAGCAGGAGUGAGGACCGUUUGUGCGGGCUGCGCGCGGCCCCGCCACCGGGGGGCAGUAGCGGGGGAGGAGCGGGAGGGGUGGAACGGAGCGGCGUACAGGUCAGUAACGGAAAUUACGCACCGCAGAACUCCGUCAAAAUCCGCGACAUUACGGGGUCACGAGGUGUGACUCAAGGCCACGCCCACAUGAAGGAGGCUUUUGGCCGACACAGCAACAUGAAGUACAGAAAUUUGGGGAAAUCGGGUCUUCGUGUGUCGUGCUUGGGCCUUGGGACAUGGGUAACGUUUGGCUCACAGAUCUCAGAUGAGAUGGCAGAGAACCUGAUGACCAUCGCGUAUGAGAACGGUGUGAACCUGUUUGAUACAGCGGAGGUGUACGCUUCAGGCAGAGCUGAAAUCACUCUUGGUAACAUUAUUAAGAAGAAAGGAUGGAGGAGAUCCAGUUUUGUCAUAACGACCAAAAUCUACUGGGGAGGACAGGCGGAGACAGAGAGAGGCCUGUCCAGGAAACACAUCAUUGAAGGGCUUCGAGGCUCUUUAUCAAGACUGCAGCUGGAUUACGUGGACAUCGUCUUUGCAAACCGAAACGAUGUCAACAGUCCAAUGGAAGAGGUGGUGCGGGCGAUGACGUUUGUCAUAAACCAAGGCAUGGCCAUGUACUGGGGGACAUCCCGCUGGAGCGCAAUGGAGAUAAUGGAGGCGUACUCAGUGGCUCGGCAGUUCAAUCUGAUCCCCCCGGUGUGUGAACAGGCCGAGUAUCACUACUUCCAGAGGGACAAAGUGGAAGUGCAGCUGCCUGAACUCUACCACAAAAUUGGUGUGGGGGCGAUGACCUGGUCUCCGUUGGCGUGUGGUUUGAUCACCGGGAAAUACAGUGACGGAGUUCCAGAAUGUUCUAGAGCUGCAAUGAAAGGCUAUCAGUGGCUAAAGGAGCGCGUUCACAGUGAAGAAGGCCGCAGACAGCUGGCUAAGAUCAAAGAGCUCCAUCUGCUGGCCGACCGACUCGGCUGCACCGCCGCACAGCUCGCGAUUGCCUGGUGUUUGCGCAGUGAAGGUGUUAGUUCUGUAUUGUUGGGAGUCUCAAACACAGAUCAGCUACUGGAGAACUUGGGAGCACUGAGGGUUCUCUCUCAGAUGACUCCUCAGAUGGUGAGUGAGAUGGACACUUUGCUGGGUAACAAGCCGCACUCCAAGAAAGAGUCCCGUGCGUGAGGUUGUAACGAGACUACGAGAACAUGAUGACGAGAACCGUGCGCGAACAGGAUGAACGGACAGCUUUUGCUUCCUCCCCUUCCUGUGUACUCCACAUUCCUGCAUGGCUCCUGCAAACCACUGUGCUUCCAGAACAAUCUGAACCAAACCCACUCCUGAUCUUUUAUAAUGUGACAGACACAUCACUACACCACGAAAAAAAGGAGAAAUUUUACUCUCGACAAGAAAAAAAACAAACAAACAGAUGAAUAUUUGAAUAAGAGAGAACAUCAUGUCUUCCAGGUGAAACACUUUGGGGGAUGGGGCGGAGCUGACGAAAAAAAAAAAACAGGAUACCAUGCAGCAGGCUUUAGGUGUGUGUGUGUGUGUGUGUGUGUGUGGCUGCUGUUCACUGCCGAUGACACAAAUUAACCCCAAGCAGCAAAACACAACGUGUGUGUGAGAGAGAGAGAACCCACUUUUCCACCAACACAGGACAUUUAUAUGAACCUUUUCCACCAUUUUAAAGAGCUGAAUAAUCAGAUGUGGGCGUGUCCUAAUGACAACAUAAAACAUAGCAACCAUGUCAGAUUGUAAAUUGUUGGAUUUUUUUUACCAUUACCUUUUUUUUUUUUUUUACCUUUUUACCUCAAAUCCUUUAUACACAGUGCUAAUCGUUUGUCACGUAUCUGGCUAACUUUAGUUUGCAUUCUUAUUUGUGUUAGUGAGUAAACUAAUGUUACUUUGGUUCCGACUGACGAUGUCUAAGGGUGGUGAAGUGUGUCCAAAGCGUGACACCUGCCGAGGUUCCAUUUCUGAUGAACUAGCAAGUCGGUAGUGCUAAAGAAUGUUUACUUUCUGGUGAACUGUUCACACUAAGGCUGCUAACAUGUCUAGCAUUAGUACUUUCAUUCCAGAUUCGACUCAUUAAAAUUGUACUUGAUCUUGUGUCUAGACAAAAAAAACCCUUAUGAUUCAUUUGUGCCUGUGAAUCGAUUCGCUUGUUUCCCUUUAAAGAGUUGUUUAAAAAUGUAUUGUGAUUCGUUGAAUUCCAACAGAUUUGUGGUGCUAGAACAGAACAGGAAAUUGUCGAUUGAAAAUCACAGGAUGGUUCUACAUUAGGGUUCAGUGCUGUGUCGGUGGAAAAGUACAGUGUGUGUGUGUGUGUUGACUCAGUAUCAUAGCCUGCAAUAGGAGUCACACAGAACUGACUCAGUCUCAUCUAUUCUCCGUAAUCAUUUUCCCGCCCUUAUUCACUUCCCCGGAAUGGCGGAUGGACAACGGCUGCUAUGUGAAAUGGACCAAACGUACGACGAAGUGAACUUAUUUUCAUGAGUCUUCCUCCAUCGUAUCACCAUGGUCGACAAACUGUGCGCAUGGCCCUUUAAGACAAUCCCCACUCUGUGUGUGUGUGUGUGAGAGACUGACUCCUAUGAUUAUUUUUUAAAAAUCUCUGAACUGUAUCACCUCCAUAAAGCAAAAUGUGUCAGACGUCAAAGGUCAGCAGGACCAGAAGAAUUGGUGUAGGUGUCAGCAACGAUGAUGACAUGCAAAGAACUUCCAUUGUGUGUGUGCGCGUGUGUGUGGACACCGUUCAGUAUGAAGACAUUAGAUGCUAUAACGCGUGUCUUUUGCUCAUUGUUCUGAAAAAAGUCAAAACCAGAUGGUCGUGUGUUUCCAUCAGCUGUUACGGCAGCUAGCUAUCUCGUUCGCUCGCUAUUUAGCGCUACACGUUUAGCUACUUUACUGACAACACAGGCUAGUUACAGUAUAUCUAGUACUUAUUUUAUAGCAUUGUUAACUAUUAGCUAGCCAUUUUUUUAAAUUAAAUAACUCCUUUCUUGCAACUUUUCGGCAAUAUUUUAAUAGCAAUCUAAGGCAUGCUGGCUAGUUUUAGCUCCCAAUUUAUUUAAUAAUUGAUAUUCUUUUUCAAAUCAUCUGAAUCUGGUACACAACACAUGACCAUGUGGUCGGUUUCAUCAACAGCUCGACCUGCGUGGACUGUUGUGCUAUUCUCUACUUAUCCCAAACAUUAGUUAGCAUUCUUGCUAGGCUAGAAUAUUGGCCAUUUUGACUUCACAUCUUCGUAAGUGCUAACGUGCACAGACUUUGUUCUAACAAACAAACAAGUGUUUCAACCAUACUGUGCUAUCACACAGUUAUCACUUAGUAGCUAAAGCGACGUUUAUAUUACGAAUAAUGCAACACAAGCAUAUGGUGAUUCAGUUUGCAAAUGAAAUAAAUCAUAAAGUUUCCUGUGUUUACUGUGACACAAAGCGAGAGGUCAGACGUGUUUAGCAUUCUUGCGUCAAGGUGUAGCUAAGUGUUUUGCACUUAUUAGCCAAUUCGCUAAUACUGCAAAGUUACAGCGUUCUGUUUGAGCUGCGACUCUUCUGUAUAACACACCGGCUUCUUUUUUAUUUUUAGAGUGAAUUUUAGUAACAGCUAGUGUUUGGGAUACAACACAUAUUCGCUCCAUCAUCGUUUAUUUGGAAAACUUGCUUUCAUCCACACACCCCUGAUUAGCAUAUAAAUUAGCAUGGGUAUGGAUGGAUGGGAAAUACUACAGUUGGAGCAGUGAGGUUUAUUUACACUGCAAAAAAUUGAAAACUGAAUUUGAGGAGAAAAUUACUUAAUACUCGUGAAAUGAUCUUGCUGCAUGGACAUAUUUUUACUUGAUAAGACAUCUUAGAAUAAGUUGGUUGCAAUCAAGAACUAGGUUUAAUAAUCUCAGAAUUGGUGUCUUGUAAUUCUAAUAGGAAAUUCUAGAUCGUUCCAACUAUUUUCAGGAUAUUUUCACUUGCUAAGAUAUAAUUUUUUGCAGUGUAUGGCUGUUAUGAUGUGGAUUAGCUUUCAGGACACGUACUGGACCAUGUCUGUUUUUUAACUGUGUGUGUGUGUGUGUGUGAGAUCAAGCUUUAUUUGAUGACACUGGAGGAUCUGUUUUGCCAGUGAGAACUUGGAAACAUAAUCAGGAAGUUGGUUUCCGCACCCAGACGGCAGCUUCUGACUCGCUGUCACUCACUUUGAUGGGUUGUGAUGGAAUUUCAUUUGCUGAGUCACUCCACUCAACGUUCCCUCAUGGACCACUGUGAUUUGGGACACAGCUGCAGGACAUCUGCCCGGCAACAGCAGACGCAAGGCAGCGUCUGGUGUUUUGGUGGUCUGGUGCUCAUCUCCUCUGCACUCCGUUUCCAUUCUAAGCUGUUCGAUUUUUUUUUAAAUCAAAGGAUAUGAUUCAUUCGGUUCACCAAUCAGACUGACGAUCCAGAAACAUUGUUCAAGCUACAACAUGGACCACCUUCAGUUCCUCAUGUUCACGGUUUCAGAGUUAUCAAAGAAUAAUCUUGGUUUGGUGUGGAGAUGACGAAAAUUGAAUCGAUUGAUCCAUUCUUGAAUUGACUCGACUCACUUGCGAAUCGUGUGAAUUCUCUGCUCACAAGUUGUACCGUGUACAGCCGAGAUUCAAGAUGGCAGUCUUAUGGUGCAUAUCUGAGUUCAAUUUAAUUCACUGCAAGUUUAUAAAAGCAAUCAAGUCAGGACAAAGUGCUAAGUCAAGAUGAACGAAUCAAUGAAUCAAACAAUCAACGAAUGAAUCAAAAUCUGGCUUCAGAUGAAGAAGCUGAUUUUAAUCCUGUAUUUCAGGGCAGUGAUACGAAUCCCUUUACUGCGGAAGAGAAUCCAGGGCUCAAGUGGCCGCUGUACAAUACGGACACGUUCAUGAUGAUGUCAUUAACGUCAACCGUGUUAAAAAAAAAAAUGUAAAUAUUGUACUUGAGCUGGACCUGAGAGAAGAUAGUUCCCAGCAGCCGGACUCAUAUUUAAAUGCGAAUGCUUUGAAUUAUUUCUUUAUUUUUUCAUGUGACGUAUUAUAGUUAGCAAGAUCUUAGUUAUAAGAAGAUGAAGAUCUGACCUGAGCAGUGUAUAUACACGUUUAGAGCACAGAAAAUCCUCCGUAACUCUGCCUGUGUCUGUUCUAUUUUAAUGUCUUGCACCAAGAAAACUAAAAAAGAAAUAAUUCACUCAGACCCUGUAUCGAAUGUAUUCAUGCUUGCCUUUAAAAUGUCUGAAGAAACUCACUGUAAUGUUUUUAGGCUCUUUAAUCAAUAUCAGGUGUGUCAUGUGAUUGUGCACCUCAAUAUAACUACACACAUUUUGCACCUUCAGAAUUAUUGGCACCCUUCGCGAAAAAGAGCAAAAAUGAAUAGCACGUGCAGUG